GAAAUCAGGCCCCACCCCCCCAGGUGAAUGUGGAUGGAAGGAGAGGUCCGGCGCCAGGUUCUGUGGAGAUGUGUACCAGCAAUCCUGUAAUCGUCGUGCAUGGAGGUUGCGGAAAAUUUCCAGAGGAUCUUAAGGAAGUCUGUCUGCUCGAAGUGAAGAAAGCUGCUCUGCAGGGUUAUUGCCGCUUUCGCCAGGGGGGUAGCGCCCUGGAUGUGGUGGAAGAGGCUUCAGUUAUAUUAGAGAACUGCCCUUUAUUUAAUGCUGGUUGUGGAUCUAUGCUUAAUGAAUGCGGUGAAGUUGAGGUUGAUGCCAUUAUCAUGGAUGGGAAAAGCCUUGAUACAGGAGCAGUUGCUGCUGUCAGAAAUAUAGCCAAUCCAACCAAGCUCGCUCGCCUGGUUAUGGAACAGACCAAUCAUGUGAUGCUGAGUGACCGAGGGGCAUCGCGAUUUGCUAAAACAGUGGGGUUUCCAGAAGUCCCAAUGGAGGCUUUGAUUACGGAACGUUCGAGGAAACGAUGGCAGCAAAGCCUGCAGGCAGCUUCCACCCCAGUGGAUUCACAAAUUGACCAUGGGACAAUUGGUGCUGUUGCUUUAGACAGUUUUGGGAAUGUAGCCUGUGCCACAUCCACUGGAGGCCUAACCAACACCUUGGUCGGGCGGAUUGGUGAUACUCCCUGCAUAGGAAGUGGUGGCUAUGCUGAUAACCAGAGUGGAGCAGUCUCUGCCACAGGAAAAGGAGAGGCAAUUAUGAAGGUUACCCUCGCCAGACUGAUUGUGUUUUACAUGGAACAAGGCAUGUCACCAGCAGAGGCAGCUGAUGCUGGGCUUCAGUAUCUGAGGACCAGAUUACAGAGUUAUGCUGGAGUGAUAGUCAUCAACAACACAGGGGAGUGGGCAGCCAAGUUUACCACUAGUAAUAUGCCAUGGGCUGCAGUGACUGGUGACACCAUCUAUUCUGGCAUGGCUUUGGGAGAGGUCCAUACUUCGGCCAUUGAAGAUAUUUCCCUGUGAAGUCAGUACAGAGCAUGAAGAGACACCCCAGAGCAAGAAGAUCUAUGGUUUCAUCCAUGAUUGAUGCUAAGAAAUCUGAUUAUGAACACAAUGAUCAGCUUCAGUAACCUUUAAUGCGUGGUUAUUGGAAAUCCAUCAGGCUUCCCUUAUUUGAUUGCAAGUCAGUGACCUCCCUGUGACCCUUGGGGUUUGAGUUUCAGUGAAGAAAGGACUUUGCUUCAGUUUCUUCCAUUAUUGAAUACUGCUUAAUAACAUUGAGGUACCGGAAGACACCUGUGGUCCAUGGAACAUGAGCCAGGGACUUCAGGUUCAGAACAAAAUAAAAGGAAACAGCGAAUUAAACUACAUUCUCAAUCAUCAUAUUUACCAGACAGGAAAGUUUGUGUUAAGUCCUGUUAUGAAAUUGAGGCUGUAAUUUAACCUGUGAUCUUAUAACAAUCAAAUUAGGGUGCAACUAAGACUUCAUUCACUGACUGGGAGAUGGGAGUCCUUGGUGGACCAAGGCUGCACUCAUCUGUUAUUCAGUAUCAUCAAAACCAGUUACCUCUUGCAAUUUAUGGAAUUUGGUAUGUGCUAAUUGACAGGUAUGUUUUGCAUAGAAUACAAUUGUGAUUAUAGCUCAAAAGGAAUUAGCUAAUGGGGAGGACUCUUAGGGGUAACCUGAAGUAGAAUUACGGUACAUAUGCUUCUCUGUUCCUGUUUACCCUCACUCAUCAGAUCAAAGUUUGUGUUUUCUUUUGUAAUGGCUGUUAUGCUCCAGAUUAGUGCUGAGCACAAAUGACACCAAUACUCAUCAGGUUUCUGAAAUAAAUGGCAUAUUUUAGGUAAAUGA